UUACUUCAUAUAGUCUGUCAUAAUACUUCAGAUGGAUAUUCUAAAAAAGUUUUUAAAAUAAUUGUAUUAAUUAUUUAUUAAAAUAAUGUUAAAAAUUCUUACUGAAACAAUAUUUACAGUUGAAAUAAAAAUCCAUUAAAUUUUUGUUUAUUACUCUACUGUUUGAGUGGUUAAUUAAUUUAAUUGCCAUCUUAAAUUUGAUUUGAGUUGUGAUGGAAGAGAAUGAGGAAGAUGAUUAUAUGUCUGAUACUUUUCUGAACAAUGAGUAAAUAACAACAUCAGACCUGGACUGCUUAUGACACAUAAUCAGCAACGCUUGCACCAACAAAUGAAAAAAAAAAUUAAAACUGAACUAUUAGACAAAUCUAAAAGUAUCAAAAUUUUAGAACAAAAAAAUCGACAAGAUGGAUUAGAAAAAGCUAUAGAUAGCAGUAAUAAAGGUUUUUCAUUAUUAGAAAAAAUGGGAUACAAACCAGGUUUAGGCAUAGGUAAAAACGGUAGUGGGAGAAUUGAUCCUGUUGGAAUAGUUUUGAAAAAUGAUCGUAAAGGUUUAGGAAGAGAUGCAGCUAUUAAAGAAAUUAGAGAAAUGAAAAAAGCAAUGAUUCAAAAACGAUUAUUGUGUGGCUUGAGUGUAAAUGUAACUGAAUAUAGAGAAAGAAAAGCACAACUAUUAACAGAAAAACAAGAUCAGUCUGAUUUGUAUAGAUGUCAACGAAUAUGUCGUCAAAUGGAUUUAGAGAAGGAUAUACAAGAACCAUUAGAAAAAUUUUUAUGGCCUGAAGAUCCCAAUGAUAAACAAAAUGAUGAAAUAGUUGAAGAAAUAGAUAUAGAAGAUAAAAUGUCUGUGUCUGAGCAAUUAGAGAUAGUUAAUGUAUACUUAAGAAAAACAUAUAAUUAUUGUGUUUAUUGUGGAACUGUAUACAAUAAUGAUGAUGAUUUAACUAAUGAAUGUCCAGGACCAAAACGACAAGACCAUUAGGUUAACUGAUCUGUUUUAUUCAAAUAAAGUAAUAGUAAUAAUAAAAAUGUGAACAAAGAAUAUAAAUCAAUUUGAUAAUAAUUAAAAAUAAAUAGUAUAAUAACAAUGCAUAUACAUUAAUA